UGCUCCAAAGAGUCCAUAGUAGGCUAGGAGAGAUACGCUGCUCGAGAUAGUCUGAUACUCUGUAGCGACCCUGACAGAUGGGGUCGAAAGCGCGCGGCGAGAACGUUUCCUUUUCCCAGCUCUGGUUUCCUAUUCUACACGCGCGCUCCCUGCACAGAAACCCACCCAUCGAGAGCAAAACCACCUCUUCCGCUCACCGCGCUGCGCCGCUUCGUCCCCCCCACCUCCGUCGAUGCCCGCGCCGCCAUCAACAGAGGCCGGGCGGAGCCGCACCAUGACACGCGUGAUCAUCCUCCUCGAUAGCGACAAAGAAGACGACGGCACCGGCCGCCAAGCCGGGCGCGAGCUUGGUGGCGCCGCGAUCGCCUCCGCGGGCGAGGCCUCGAAGCUCGUCAAACCAGAGGUCGUCGACGAUGUGGGCUCCAACCCGGUGCGUCCUGGGGCGCUGCCUACCUCGCUACGGGUACAAGGCCAUCGCGCGCCGUCCUCGCCGUCGCCGGUCCCCGCGGCGGUUCGGAAGCAGCCCGAGAUUAUCGCCAUCUCCGACGAAGACAAUGACGGUUCCCGAUUCCGGCGCGUGAGGCGCGUCAAGGACGAGGCUUCCGAUUGGGUUCUUUCAGCGAAGGCGAAGCGCGCCAUGGUGUCGGGUGUGCCCCCCGGAAGCUCCGACGUGAAGAGGAAGCGGAAGAGAGGAUCGUCCGGCGCUGGCGACUUUCACGCGUUGGACCGGAAUUUGAGCGCUUCAGGGGCUGGUCGUCGCACGUCGUGGAUGGCCGAAGACGCCGGGAGCUCCAGGAAUGUGAGUAGUAGCGAGUUAAGCAGAGGAGGCGUGGGUGACCGGUCGGGUUCGACCAAGAAGGCCAGGGGUGCACCGGGAAAGACGAGGCGUGGAGGGGGUACGAGAAGAGAGAGGAGCACUAGUGCGGCACCGGCCAACUUGGUUGGAGGGAGUGCAACGGUUGGGUCGCGGAUCCGGUUAAGGUCGCGUCAGCAGGGGAGAGUGCAGUGUGCUACAUACUCUGCUCGAGUGUCGUCCGAGGACACGGGGGAGGACGAAAAGCAUAUGCAGGAGCAGACAAGAGUGGAAGAUGUGGAGUUCAUGGAGGUGGAUGAUGAUUAUGACGACGUCAACGUGGCUGGCAAUGUCAUAGAUCAAGAGAGUGAGCAGGACGAGGCUCUGGAAGGAAGGAGCAGUCAGGAUAGCCAUGGCUAUAGCGAGGACAAGGAGGGCAAAGACUCUGCUGCUUUGAGUGAUAAUGAGGAGGAUGUGGGGGGAAAGGAAUUGUUGGAAGAGGAGGAGGAAGGUGCCGAUCAAGAAGAAAGUCAUAUCAUCUACGAUGGUGAAGGAGAACAAGAAGAGGACGCAUCUGAGGAGGAAACACAGGAAUUGGAUGAAACAGGGGAGGCGCAGCCAUUCAAUCCUAGCAACACCAUGGCAGGUAGCACUAUGAGGUCAGGAGGCGAUGGCAAGCAAGUCUUUAGGAGGAGGGUUUUUGAGGGCAUAUAUUUGCCUGAGAAUCCACACAGGACUGUUGGCAAGGGCAUCCAAGGGCGGACGCGAUCACAGCGAAAAUGCAAGGACAAGAAACUGCUGAAACGCGGAACUUUCAGUAAACCUUACAACAUUGAUAUUCCAGACUCGACUUCUGAUUCCGAAGAGGAAAUCGAACCACCAGCGCCACAGCAAGGGCUACUGUCGUCAAGUGAGGAAGACAACAUGACUUUUGGCAAAAGGAAGCGCAGAAGAGCAGCGAUAAACAAGAGAUGGGACAAGAGGCUGAGUGCCAGUAGUGACGAGGAGGAUUACGGAGCAUCUGCCAUGGAUGCCAAAGAGAGGCCUUUCCGGAGGCUGAAGAAGGGGCUAUCCAAUCUUCAGGCUGCCAAGGAAGGUUGCAGAAAUUACGAAGGCUCAAAUCCUGGGCAUGCCAGGUACAGUGGUCCAAAUGGCGGGAAUCUAGAGAACAUGUCCAGUGCACAGGAUGAUAUCUCCUUCAAAAGAAAUGUACAUAUGAUUCGAAUAAAGAAGCGCGGUCGAGCAGCGAAAGCCGUCUAUGAUGAGCUCCUUGAUUCCUUGUUUUCUGGCUGGGAAAAUCAUAUAGGUAAUCCUGUUCACGCAGAGGCUGGAAACAGUUUGCCUCUCGUGUUCUCAUUCGGAGAUGAGGAUGCAGAAGAGAACACAGAAAAUGACAAGUAUCAAGAACAAGAAGACCUGUGGAUGGAAUGCGGCAUUGCUUUUCAAUCCAUGAACAUUGGUUCCAACGGCUGUGAAGAGGAUGGGAAAGAAAUUCCUCCAGUGAAAGUGACUUCUUGCAAUAUUGGGCAGCAUGAAUUCAUUAUUGACGAACAAAUAGGAGUUCGGUGCAAGCACUGUCAUGUUGUCGAUCUCGAAAUCAGAGAUGUACUGCCUACUUUGGGGAAAUGUUCUGCAGAAAGGGGAUCAGCAAUCAACCCUGAGUUUGACAGGAUGCUUAAGGAAAUGCUCAAUGUUUUUGAACAGAAUGAUGUGCUGGUAUCAAAUGGACAUGAACUACCAUGCAACUUUGGUGAUCACAAAGCUGGUUCAGUCUGGAAUCUCAUUCCUGGAGUCAAGGAAACUAUGUUCCCACACCAGCAGGAUGCAUUUGAGUUCAUGUGGACGAAGCUAGCAGGAGGUACUACAAUUGAACAGCUAAAGCACACCAUAAAAUCUGAUGCUGGAGGUGGUUGUGUGAUUUCUCAUGCACCUGGGACGGGAAAGACGCGACUGGCAAUCACAUUUGUUCAAUCCUACCUUGAGGUUUUCCCGCACUGUAGCCCGGUUAUCAUUGCUCCCAGGGGGAUGCUAGCGACAUGGGAGAAGGAGUUCAGGAAAUGGAAGGUAAAGCUCCCUUUCCAUGUACUGAAUUCCACUGAGAUCAACUGGAGUGAGGACAAGACCCUCCAAGAACAGGCUGCGAAGAAUGGAACUUUUCACCGUAGGCUACUGACAGAUAAAAUGGAUCAAAAUUAUAGGCGACUGGUGAAGCUAGGGUCCUGGAUGAACGGUACCAGCAUAAUCGGUCUGAGCUACUCGCUUUUUAGGAAGCUAGCUAAUCACGAAGGCAUGGACGGGGAUAAGGUGAGGAAGCUGCUGCUGGAGAAACCCAACUUGCUUGUCCUUGACGAAGGGCACACGCCGAGGAACAAGAAGAGUCUCAUCUGGAAGGUUCUUAAAAGGGUCCACACCGAAAAGCGGAUAAUUCUAUCGGGGACUCUAUUCCAGAACAAUUUUGAGGAACUCUACAACACCUUGCGCCUUGUCAGGCCAAAGGAUGCAGAUGCAUUGCAUCUAGAGACGGACGAGAGCAAAGAUUUCUGGUCUUCGUUGAGACUGAAUGACAUCACAAAGGCAAACAUUAAUGAAGUGAGGAAAAAACUGGACCCUAUUGUGCACAUCCAUAGUGGCAGAUUUCUUCAGAAGUCUCUCCCAGGACUGAGAGAAUCCGUUGUGAUUCUGAACCCUCUUCUCUACCAGAAAGAAGUCAUCGCAAGUAUGGAGAAGACUGUGGCAAUGGGUCUUGAUGCAGAAUACAAAAUCUCGCUUGCAUCAAUACAUCCUUCCCUGCUUGCCAGCGCAAAACUGUCUAUGAAAGAGGAAUCUAUCUUGGACAAGCCUAAGCUAGAGAGUCUACGCUCCAAUCCAUCUGGAGGGGUUAAGACGAGGUUUGUUUUGGAGAUUGUUCGCCUGUGUGAAGCGCUUAAUGAACGGGUGCUAGUGUUCAGCCAAUACCUUGAACCAUUGUCCUUGAUCAUGGAGCAGCUGAAAGAAAGGUUCAGUUGGGCAGAAGGCGAAGAGAUCCUGCUAAUGAGCGGAAAAGUUCUAGUUAAAAAACGCCAAACCAUGAUGGAGGUCUUCAAUAACAUGAAAAGCAAGGCCAAGGUGAUGCUUGCAUCAACGAAGGCAUGCUGCGAAGGCAUUACGCUUGUUGGGGCGUCACGUGUAGUUCUACUUGAUGUCGUGUGGAACCCCUCCGUUGGAAGGCAAGCGAUUGGCCGGGCUUACAGAAUUGGUCAGAGAAAGAUUGUGUACACGUACAAUCUGAUUGCAGAAGGAACGACAGAGAAGAGAAAGUAUGACAGACAAGCCAAGAAGGAACACAUGUCUAAAUUGCUCUUUUCAAAUGAACUGGAGCGUGGAGGAUGCAACUUGCCUCCAGAACUGACGUUCAAUGAUAGGGUUUUGGAAGAAUUGACUGCACGUGAAGACCUAAAAAAUUUGUUUGUAAAGAUUUAUGUUGACAAUCAAACUGAUGGAUCACGUGGAGAGAUGAAGAACAAUACAUGUUUGCAGUCCUAAUAAUAUGAAACGGGAUGGUGGAAAACGACGAAGGGUCCUAAACCAGAUGAUUAUCAAGAUGCUAUCACUGCCAAGGAAUUUUACUGGGUUUCUUGUGCUCUAAGACCUCAGUCAGAUUCAUAAGGGUUAUAAGCUAGAGUCGAAAGGGAUGACCUAGAACUUUAUCUACACAGCGUAGAUGAGCUGUGGCUAAACCUGCAGAAACUAGAUAUGUUGAUUGUAAUGCUCUUGUACUCGAUUAUUUGACAAUUGCAUUGCGUUCUUC